GACCCUCGCUUGCAGGAGGGCUUCUUUCGCGUCGCGGUCUCGGUGGGCUACAAGGAGCAGAUCAAGCAGGACCACAUGUGGAAAACGAAGAAGCAGCUCGAGGACAAGUACGGUGAUGAGGAGGCGGCCGAGCUCAUCGAGGGCAAGUUGCUGCGG